UCCAAGCAAAGAAGACAAGAGUACUGGUCACGAUCCACUACUACUGGCUAGCCAACUACUAGCUCAUAGGUUAGCUAGCUUCCACUUGUAUUGUAUUACACCAUAACCAGCAACAUCAUGUCGACAGAGGACGAAGUGGAGGAGGAGGAAGAAGAAGAAGAGCCCCUGGAACAAGCAGAAUCGGCUCCCAGGCGCCGUCGGCCUCCGCCCCGUAGCAAGUCCGUGGACGAUUCCGGAUCUCUGGCUCAAAUGAGAAAGAGUCAAGGAUCGAGCGAAGGAGGAGGAGAUGGAAAUGAAGAACGAGCUCCGCGACGAGGAGGAAGACGAGCACCCGCCAGGACCAAGUCGGCCGAUGACAUGGCGGCCAUGGGUCGAAUGGCGCGGUAUUCGCGACAGAAGAGCAAAGACAAGAAUGAAGUCGGAGCCGUGCCAGAAGAAGAAGAGGCGGCAUCAUAAUAGUAUUGUGCAAGAAA